CUUUUUCUUUUUAAUUAUGAGGAAUUAAAUAGUUGGUGAUAAUAAUAGAAAGAAAACCAUCAUAAAUACCAUCACCGGAUUCACAUGAUUCCACAACUCUUCUGAAUCUGUCACUUUCUUUUUUCAUGUAUCAUUGUCUUAUUAAUUUUUGAAUUUGUUUUUAUUAGAGGUGGUGGAGUAUUGAAAGCUAUAUGUCUUGAAGGGUGUAUGUAUUAAUGCCAGAGCCAGUCUUGCUUCUUAGCUUAUUGUCAAGUUGUUUUCUUUCUUAGUUACCUGACAUCUAAGGAACAAACGAUAUGAAUAGUGGUUCUUGUUCGUCUUUAAUGGAUGUGGGUUAUGAUCAUCAUCAUCAUCAUGGUCAUGAAGAGCUUCAUGUUUUGGCCGUGGAUGAUAAUCUUAUUGACCGUAAACUCGUAGAGAAGUUGCUCAAGAUCUCCUCUUGCAAAGUUACAACAGCAGAGAAUGCGAUUAGAGCAUUGGAGUAUUUGGGUUUGGGAGAUCAAAAUCAGCAUAUUGAUACACUGGCCAAUAAUGAUUUGAAGGUUAAUCUAAUCAUCACAGACUAUUGCAUGCCAGGGAUGACAGGCUUCGAGCUACUAAAGAAGGUGAAGCAGGAGUCAUCAUAUCUGAAAGAGGUCCCUGUUGUGAUAAUGUCUUCAGAGAACAUUCCUACUCGCAUCAACAAAUGUUUAGCUAGUGGAGCUCAAAUGUUUAUGCAGAAGCCUCUGAAACUAUCGGAUGUUGAGAAACUUAAAUGCCAUCUCAUGAACUGUAGAAGCUGACAAUUACAUGUAGCCCUAACCAUAAAAUAUUUCCUUAUCUUGGUUCCUUAUUUGAUUGUGUUACACGUUUUUUGUGUCUUCUGAAAAUCAAGUCAUGUUUUCAAAAUAGCAAAUCUUAAGCUACACACACAAAAAGAAAUGUAAGGAAUAUAUAAAAUGAUUAUGGUUCUGAAGA